AUGAUGGUGCCAGGAGCCGACGUGUUUCUAGCCGAGGACGACAGCGAGGAGGAGGAGGAGGAGGAGGAGGAGGAGGAGGAGGAGGAGGAGGAGAACGGGGAGGAGGAAGGUCCUACCUCAAUGGAUCAGGACGAAGAAGCGGUGGAGGGCAAGAGGAAGGAGGAGAAGGAGGAGAAGAAAGAAGGAGGAGACGGCGAGCUUGCAGGGCUCCGUCUAGAUGCUCUCCGACCUCUCACAGCCGAGGAGUUUGAGAAGAUCCGCAAGAAGAGGAUGAAGAGGGAGGUGGAGGAGAGGCUGGGCAAGAGGAGGAAGGGUCCUGACGCUGAGAGCCUCGAACUCAGCGAACGUCUCGACCCCGAGGCUCUCGUCGGUCAGCACAAGAAGCGUCGACUUGACAAGGCCGCGCGCCUCGAGUCUAUCAUGGCAGGUCAAACUCUUGCCAAGAAGAACAAGCCCUUCCUCAUGGUUCGCAAGGGAAGCUUGAGGGUGAAGAGCAAACUGAAGAUGAGCAUCGGAGAGAGGAACAACAACAACAGAGUGAAGAAGAAGCUGCAGAGGGGCAAGAUGGGAGGGAAGGGCAAGUAG